AAAAAGGCAAAAGAACAAAUGGAGGAACCAAUAUUCACAGCAGUUACUGACAAUGUCAUUCCUAUUAUUACAUUAUUAAAAUGUAUUGCUUUUAAACCAAGAUGUGUAGUCAAAAUAUCGUCAGAAGGACUUAAAUUAACAGUUGAAGAUGGCUUUUCAUUACAAGCCCAUGCUUUUCUAGAUAAAGACAUGUUUUCAUUUUAUCGCUUUAAUUCUUCUAAUAAAGACUCUAUGAAUAACAAUGAUUCUAGUACACCAAUAUUUUUUACAGUUUCACUUUUAGCUAUGUUAGAAUGCUUUAAUAUCAUGAAUAACGACCUGAAAGAAAAGAAUUUUGUAUUCAAUAGAAAAUUGCAGCAGCAAAAUAUUUUGCGUGUAGGGGGUAAUUGCCAUUUAUCUUAUGUUGGUUACGGACAUCCUUUUGUUUUUAUAAUACAGGAGAGCGGGUUGAUCACAACAUGUGAACUUACUACAUUUGAAAAAGAAAAUCUUAUUGAUAUAUUUUUACAAAAUAAUAAGUUAAACCAGAAAAUUAUAAUAAAAAGCGAAUCUCUCUAUGAUGCUAUACAAGAAUUAGAAUUCAGCUCUAGUGAAUUGCUUACAAUACGUUCAUCGCCACAGCACCCACAUCUGCGCUUAAGUUCAAUAGGCACUAUGGGUAGUGUGAUAAUAGAUUAUACAAAUGAAAGAGAUGUUAUUGAAACUUUUUCUUGUUCAAGUGUUAUUGAAAAUAGUUAUAAAUUUUCUAUGAUACAACAUUCAAUUCAUGCAAUGUCUUCAGCAAUUAAAGCGAGUAUAAGGACAGAUGAAAACGGGGUACUAAGUAUACAAUUUAUGAUCGAGACAGGAGAAGGAAAAUAUAAUUUUGUAGAUUUCAGAAUAUUAUCAAGUACAAAAGCAGAGAAUCACUUUCAUAAUGAAUAA